CCUGCUUUUCUUGGACUGUCCUACCAUUGUGUCAAAACAUGAAGCCUCUAGACUUGUUCUGAUUUGACACACAAUUCAACUGCACUGAAAAUAAUAAAAAAAAAACAACAGUGCAUUUACAGCAUUUAUGCUUUUACAUUUGGAUGGAUGUUGAUGGGUAAUACUUAUUUUAAUCAUUUCUGUUUGUGGUUUAAAUUUGACCAUUACCUUAUAUCCUUCUGGAUACUGCUGUUAAUAUGUUAGGAAACUUUUUUAAGGAACUUUGUCAAGUUUCUUUGUUAGUACCGCCACCAAAUUAUUGAUUUAUAUUUGUUCUUUGCACCCCAUUUGAUUUUUUAGCGCUCUGUUAUUAAUUAAGGACAUAGUUUAUUCAAAGGAAAGGUAGAAAUAAUAUUAUUGCUCGCAACCAGGGGUUUUUCCUCUGUGACCUCUUGCAGCACGUCUACAUCUCUUGAGUCCCGUCUGCGUCCAUCUGCACGCUGUACACGUCUCAUUGGUCCGGAUGCACCGGUAAUGGGGGGCAACGACUCCGAUUGGACGCUUUAGCCGUUAUGUUAUGGCUAUGAAAGCUGCGAUUGGCUGUUAUCGCUGGACCUAAGCGGUAGAUUGGUCGAUGAGUCCUCGCGUGCCUUCAUGGGUUAGUGGUGCUGAUGCUGUGACAAUGGGAGUCAUACAGAUAUGCAUCAUCUGGACCGAGUGUGCUUAAGCGGAAACAUACACACUUGAGAAAUUGUUAAGGGACAGAAAAGCAGCUGGAUAAACACCAGGAGGAGCCUCCCGCUCCUGCUCGGAAAGGCUUAGUGAUGGGAGUGUUCAGCCGACAGAAGUUCUUCCAGGAGCUUGCUCAUGGCUGCCUGCUGCCUACUGCUCAGCAGGGCCUGGAGCAGGUAUGGCAGCUGCUGGUUAUCUGCCUGCUGUGUCGGCUGCUCUGGAUGUUGGGUCUCCCCUCUUUUGUGAAACACCUGGGCACAGUGGCUGGAGGCUUCUACACCCUCUACCUGUUUUUUGAGCUACAUAUGAUCUGGGUGGUCCUUCUCAGUCUUCUCUGCUACCUCUUCCUCUUCCUGUGCCGCCAUUCCACCAUCCGAGGCACCUUCCUCUCCAUCACUGUGCUCAUCUACUUGCUCCUGGGAGAGCUGCAUAUGAUGGAUACCACCAACUGGCACAAGAUGAGAGGUUCACAGAUGGUGGUUGCCAUGAAAGCCAUCUCUCUGGCCUUUGAUUUGGACAGAGGUGUUGUGACCAGUGUCCCCUCACCCAUUGAGUUCAUGGGCUAUAUUUACUUUGUGGGUACCGUCAUUUUUGGUCCCUGGAUCAGCUUUAACAGCUACAAAGAAGCCCUGGAAGGGCGCAAGCUGAGUUUAGCUUGGCUUUUUAAAGUGUCUCUUAGCUGGGUGAAGAGCCAGAUCUGCCUUGUUAUUUCCAACUGUGUGGCGCCCUAUCUCUUCCCUUAUUUCAUACCUGUUUUUGGAGACAAGCUAUUACGGAGCAAGAAAAGAAGGAAAAUCAGAGGUUCGGCGGCAAAGUGGCUGCUGGCGUAUGAGAACACAAUGUCUUUCCACUUCAGCAAUUAUUUUGUCGGCUACUUGAGCGAGACUACUGCUACUCUUGCUGGGGCAGGCUUCACAGAGGAGAAAGAAAACCUCAAAUGGGAUAUGAGCGUAUCCAAGCCGCUUAAUAUAGAAUUUCCCCGGUCAAUGGUGGAGGUGGUAACGUCAUGGAAUCUGCCCAUGUCUCGCUUUCUGCACACCUAUGUUUUUAAGAGUGCGCUCAGAUUUGGAACGUUCUCGGCCAUCAUGGUGACCUACACAGCCAGUGCCCUCCUGCACGUGAGCACUUAUAUUUCUAAUACUGCUUUCAUGUCAACAAGUGUUUUGUUUAGUUUUGAUUCGAAUUCUUGCGGAUUUCAGGGUUUGAGUUUUCAUUUGGGUGCAGUACUCAUAUCUCUGGGGUUCAUUACAUACAUCGAGCACGUAUUGAGGAAGAGGCUUGCAGUAAUUUUUAAUGCCUGUAUACUGUCAAAAAAGUGUCAGCCAAACUGCAGUCACCAGAACAAAAAGGGGUUAUGUGUGUAUAUGAUUAACAUAGCAUUCAGUGCUUUGGCAAUACUUCACUUGGCAUACCUGGGCUCUGUGUUCAACUCCAGCGUGGACUACAUGGAAGACGAUGAGGAUGAUAUUACCCAUCAUACCAUUCAGAAGUGGUCAGAACUGAGCUGGACCAGCCACUGGGUCACGUUUGGAUGCUGGAUAUUGUACCGCCUCAUUCUCUAAAAACAAGAGAUGAAGAAGUAAAGGAAGCAAUACUGAGAUGUGAAGUAGGUUUUUUCACUUCUACACUGUGACAUUAUCCUGCAUCAGACCGAAAAGAAGAUUUUCAACCUGCGUACAACAAUAAACCAGCAUGCGGUGCUCAGGGUGCACCACGUGCUGGCUGGGUAAUCUGUGAUUCUAACCUGCUGGGAACUAGUUUUCAUAUCUGUAGAAAGAUAGUUUCUUUUUCUCCGUAUCGCAUCCUUUUUAUCUGAGCCACAGUUGUCGAGCACUCCUGCCGUGACGGCGUCUUACUGUGGGACACAAUCAAUAACUGUCAGCACGGUGGAGAUUGGCUGCUCCUUUUUGCAGACGUUUGAUAGAACUCAGGAGGCAGGUGUCCUCCAGAUGUUAUAUCCCUUCGCCUUAACUGCUCUAUAGUCAAACUUUAAGGUUUGAGGGAUAAGGCUGGUGACAUUCUGUAAUCUUAUAGCCAGCAAAUUCACUUUAUCAACCAAGAUCAAUGAUGCAGCUGUUUGUUUCUUAUUAAUGUGGGAUUUCCCUGACCUGUCACUUUCUUUCAAACUGAAUAACAGGAAAUUGACCUCGAUAGUUACUUUGCCCUCUUCUUCAGCGUGCUUUAAUUUCUUCAGAAGGCCAAAAUUAGUUCUUAAAACAGAGGCUGGGAUUCUUAGCAGAAUGCGACUUGGACUUUUCUUCACACUAGUUUGUUCAUUUGGAGCUAUUUUUUUUUAAUAAGGACAUGCUUCUUUUUAACCGAAUUUGCUGGCAAUAAAAUUUAUAUAGACAUUUGUAAGACUUGUCCUGGAACAGUGCUUGUCUCUUGAGCAUGUGGAUGAUAAAGAUUUUUCCUUAUGAAUGAAAAGAGCACAGGGUAUGGUUAUGAGGCAGCAAUUUUAGCGUUAUCAGUCAUUAUUUCUUCCUUUAGUGAGUUUUAGAUGAUAUUUUUUUUAUGUGGAAUAUCCUGAUGGUGUUUGAAUUUUUGUUUUGUGGCAAUGUUGACAAUUUCCUUAUAAUUAAAAUAUCUAAUUUGUAUUCCAAACACUUUUCCUCUCCAACACUGAAAUUAAAAAUAGUAGAAUCAGGGUAUUUGACAUGUAUUACUGUAUAGCAAAGAUAUUUAAAUUCCUCUUUCAAUUUUGUACACAGCUUUAAAAAGUAAAAACAUCCAACAUGCUACAUGAACUAUUUCUCUUCUAGAUUUUUACUACGCAGAUGUGAUUUUUGACAACCUGAUGCAAGGAUAUGAGCACCUGCGUGAGAUUUCGAUUGCGCUCUUUAAGAGCAGAACAUCAAACGAUUUGCUUCUUGACCAAGAUGUGGUGUUAGAAUAGAGCUUCAGCAUCAGUUCAUGUGCUUGGUCUGUGCAGACGUGCAGUAAUACCACUAAAUCCAACAAAAAUUGUAAAUACCUUUCAGAUGUUUGCUUUAGGUCAAAAUUUUGUCCCUGUAAAUGUGAAGGCAUCGAUACACCUGUGAUAUUUUUUAUAAAAUUUUACAUGAAAGCUUGAA